AUGUUCAAAGGACAAUCUGCACUUGUUACUGGAGGAUCUAGAGGAAUUGGAUUAGCCAUAGCUAAUAAACUUGCCAGUCAAGGUGCGUCAAUAACAUUACUAGCCAGAAAUGAGACUCUUUUACUGCAAUCAGUAAAACAACUCCCGUCAGCUUAUAAUCAACAACACUCGUUUCAGGUGGUCGACUUGCUUCAACUAGUAAACCCCGGUUAUGAUCAUUCCAGGCUUCAAGAACUGCUCAAAUCACAUAUGAUUCUAGUGAAUUGCGCCGGUAUAACUACGCACACUCUUUUGCAUAGGAUGUCGCAGCAGCAGAUCACGGACACCAUCAACCUUAACCUCACAGCCCCCAUUAUAUUGAGUCAACUAUGCAUCAAACACAUGAUACGACAGCAUAAACGAAACCCAUCGAUUCUAAACAUAGCGUCUGUAUUGUCAUUGACUGAGCAUGUGUUGCCAGGGACAGCAGUGUAUGCUGCCUCCAAAGCCGGCCUAUUAGGAUUCACAAAGAGUCUAUCGAGUGAAUUGAGAGGGAGAGUACGAGUUAAUGCUCUACUUCCGGGGCUAGUUAAAGAGACCGAUAUGGGCAAUGCUGUGGAUAGUGAUUUGAAAACGGUUCCCUUAGAAGAGGUGGCCAACAAGGCAGUAGAGAUUUUGUGCAGCUUGUCAAUGAAUGGCGAAUGCGUUGUGUUGGAGUGA